AUGGAGCGAUUAGAAGUCCCAGUGCAGGAAGAUGAGUUUCGCGACCCUCGGUUGGAACGUCCCUUCGAAGAGGUGGAAGUGCCGCCACAGCGUCGGGAAAGCGAUCAGACCAUGGUAUCGGCAUUGACGUAUGAAUCGAAUUCUCUCUUUGUACCGUCCAUGUAUCCUUCCUUGUCCAACUUGAGAGAUCCUUCCUUGUCCAACCUGAGAGAAGUUGAGGAAGAGCAAGAAGACGAUGUCGUGACAAACGCCAGUAGCAAUGGCAGGACAACCGUCCCAACCGACAAUCGUGACCACAACGACAGUUGGGUGAGUUUCACGUCGAGGACGUCGUUCAAGGAACAAUCCGAUGAAGCCCUAAAGGCAUCUAUUCGCAGAAGUUUCAACAGCAGUGGAUUCUCUAUCUCCAGCAGCAGUUUGAACAAUAGCCGGUCCAGUGGAAUAUUCAAGGAACGAUCGAGUGGUAUAUUCAAGGAAAAAUCGGAUUGUAGCCUUCAACUCAAACUGAGCAACAGCUGGGACAGUGACACUUUCGAAAAGAUAAUUGACAGAAUUGAGGAGGAAAACGACGACGACAAUAAGGGCGAUUCGACUGAUCAUGGUAAAGAGGAAUACGACGCGGCCGUAAUUGCCAGCUUGAUCUCGUCUCAAAUCGAACAAGAAAAAAUCCAUCGAACAGACGACAGAAGGGAACCGCACACUGGGUUGGUAGCAAACAGUGACCACAGAGGCAGACUCUCCAACAACACGUCAGGCACCCCUGUUUCCCUUUUAGAAGAAAAGCAAGCCGUUGCGAACCAUCGGUCCUCGAAGCACUCCAAUGAAAGCUCCGACAUGCUGGCUGAAAAGCAGGCCAUCGCAAAUCGGCGUUUUGGAGGUGGAUCUGACCAUCCACAAAUUGGGCAUGGACAACACAACCUGGCGAAUCAUCGGUCCUCCCAUGGAGCCUCAUCCCUUCUUGCGGAGAAGCACGCCAUCGCAAAUCGUCGCUUUGGGCACGGAUCUGACCAUGCACAUAGUGGGCAUGGACAGCAAGAUAUGGCAAAUCAUCGGUCCUCUCAUGGAACCUCCUCCCUUCUAGAGGGAAAACAAGCAAUUGCAAAUCGUCGCUUUGGAGGUGGAUCUGACCAUGCACAAAGACCGUCUAGUAGGCAUGGACAGCAAGACACUUUGAAUCAUCGAUCCUCCCACGGAACUUCCUCCCUCCUUGCUGAGAAGCAAGCCAUUGCAAACCGCCGCUUUGGGGAUGGAUCGGACCACUCACACAUUGGGCAUGGGCAUCAAGACACUUUGAAUCAUCGGUCCUCCCAUGGCACUUCCUCCCGUCUUGCGGAAAAACAAGCAAUUGCUAAUCGUCGUUUUGGGAAUGGAUCUGAUCACUCACAUAGUGGGCAUGAACAACACGACACAUUGAACCAUCGGUCCUCCCACGCAACCUCCUCCCUUCUGGAGGAAAAACAAGCAAUUGCCAAUCGCCGCUUCUCACACAGUGGGCAUCAACGGCAAGACAGUUUGAACCAUCGGUCGUCCCAUGGAACCUCCUCCAUUCUGGAUGAAAAACAAGCCAUUGCCAAUCGUCGACCCUCCAACCACAACAGUGGAAGCUCUACCAUUGUGUCUUGCCCUAGGAGGGAAACUCCUUCCAGAUCCAAAUCGGGCGCGUCGGGUGUGAACCGAGCUAAAACCCGGUUUACUGUGCCUGGACGCAGCAAGAGCUCCGAUGGUACCUUCGGUAUGUUUGGACUAAGAAGGGGCAAAAAGAAGCCGAGCACAACUGUUGUCAACCAAACCGUAUCCCGGUUCAGCGUGCCUCGGCGCAACAAGACAUCCGAUGGCGCCUUGGGUACGUUUGGGCUAAGAAGGGGCAAAAAGAAUCGUACCGGUAGCGCCAAGCUGGAAAGCCAAGCCGUUGCUGAUCGUUUCUCGGGAGAUGGAUCUGAAUCCCACGGAAGCUCAAACAUUCUGGAGGAAAAGCAAGCCAUUGCUAAUCGUGGGUCCUCCCACAUCUCCCGUCGGUCCUCCCGCGUCUCUGAUGCGAGUUCCAACAUUCUUGAGGAAAAGGAGGCAAUUGCAAACCGUCGACUCGGAAAUGGAUCCAAUCGCUCGCACUAUUCUGAUGAGCACGAACAACAAUCAAUUCGUUCUGGUCCCGAGGAACAGCAAAAGAACGGUGGAGCAAAAGGGGAAAAACAGCUCACGGAUUUGGAGGCUCAACAAGAAAUGGCAGUUUUGGCUUCGAUGGAACAGCUGCGAAAGGACAGUCCAACAAACGUAAGCAAACAGCGCACGGAUUUGGAGGCUCAACAAGAUGCAGCAGUUUUAGCUUCCAUGUCCAAGGACAGUCCAAGAAACGGCAGCAAACAGCGCACGGAUUUGGAGGCUCAACAAGAUGCAACAGUUUUAGCUUCCAUGUCCAAGGACAGUCCAAGAAACGGCAGCAAACAGCGCACGGAUUUGGAGGCCCAACAAGAUGCAGCAGUUUUGGCUUCCAUGGGAAAGAACAGUCCAACAACAAAUGGAGGCAAACAGCGCUCGGAUUUGGAGGCCCAACAAGAUGCGGCAGUUUUGGCUUCUAUGGGAAAGGACAGCAAUGGUGAUUCUGAUCCUAACAGCAGAUUCAGAGCUCGCGCUCUUCCCAGAAACGAGGUUAUUGACUCUCGAAACAUGAUGGACGCCGUCGACCUGGUCGGAGCAUUCCCUGUUCCCUUGCCCGCGCUCAAUCGCGGACGACCCAUUUCACCACAAAUUGAGAGUCGUCCGGGCGCCUUUGGUUUCGGCGGAACAAUGGGCUCUUGGGAGAGUUUGCACGUUCCUUCCUUUUCCGCCAUAGGCAAUCAUCCGACGGGAAACAGCUUCAUGUCUAUCAGCUCCAGUACCUUUGCCAGUCAAAACAACAUUACUGCCAGUCCUCCUCGACCACACACGGUGCGCGUCGUCAGUGACAGUCAACUGGUUCAUGCCAUGCCUAUCGAAGAAGACGAACUUGAAGCCGAACCAGAGGUAUUUGGCCAUGCACGGGAAAUGGAUCCUGACGCACAGAAAGCUAAACAAGAUCAGUACCGCAAAAUCGGUAUCUUCCUCCUCGUCAUUGCCAUUCUGGCCAUCAUCUUUGGGUUGGCUUUUGGAAUUGGAAGCGGCACGGCGUCUACUGGCGAUUGGAUAGAGGACAAUACCUAUGAAGGACUUUGGAGAGAUGAUCAGUGCAAUGGCAGAGGCGAUGUCCGCACAAUCCAUCUGAAUUUUUUGAACCUGGGCGACAAGGGUACACCCCAUUUGCCACGAGAAAUCGCGCUGCUGACAUCGCUGGAAAACCUGGAUCUAACGUUCAAUUUCAUUCGCAACAAUCUACAAGACAUGGUGCCAACCGAAGUGGCACAAAUGACGUCCCUAAACAUACUGCAUUUGGGUUUCAACCAAUUAACUGGAACCCUCCCAUCUUGGAUUGGCUCGAUGAGCAAUCUUGUUCGCUUUGAUAUACUUGUCAACAAACUGACAGGCCAGCUGCCAACUGAAAUGGGAAACAUGGAACGCUUGACGGACGUGGCUCUGGAUGGCAACGCUUUCACCGGAUUCAUCCCCACCGAAUUAGGUCGCUUGGAGUUGAGAAAUCUGAGAAUGGCCGGCACCGACUUUGAAGGUCAAAUCCCGUCCGAGCUUGGGAGACUCUCGAGGCUAGAGGUAAUCUCUAUGCUUCGAUGCAAUGGCAUUACUGGCCCUAUCCCCUCGGAGUUGGGUUCUGCCACAAAUCUUGAGGCUUUGCUGAUGGAUGGCAUGAAAUUGUCAGGCUCGUUGCCUCUGGAAUUUAGCAGGCUGACGAAUUUGGGAAGGUUGCAUAUCCGCGGCAAUGCCAUUACUGGAGCGCUCCCACCACUGAACUUGCAAUUUCUGACUGAGUUGCUGUUGGAUUCCAACGAGUUUGAAGGGCCGAUCCCAUCCGAGCUGGGAUUGAUGAGUUCGCUAGGGAAGCUAUCUCUGACACGCAAUGCUUUCACAGGCCCCAUCCCGCAUCAGCUCGGUAUGCUUGGCAGCCUUAGGGAGCUCAAAUUGGCGGACAAUAUUUUGACGAGCGUCCUUCCAUCGCAAUUGGGUAUGCUGACAAACCUCCAAACCUUGAAUAUCUCCAACAACCCAUUCCUGAGUGGAUCCAUCCCCGUUGAGUUUGCCACCCUUGCGACGUCGAACCAGUUGACCACUGUCGAUCUACGAGGCAGCGAGAGCAUCGGGGGCAUCAUUCCAGAAGAUCUGUGUUACCUACAAGAUCCCAGCUGCACGUUCAUGGUGUCUUCCAAAGAGCCUCCAGCUCGUUGCACACUGAGCUUUGACUGCCUGGGCUCUGGUUCCCCCCUCUGUGGUUGCAACUGUGGCUGCACUAACCCUAGCUAG